AUGGUCGGAACACUAUCGUACGACAUGUUUCUCAAGCGCCUCGGCUUCUCUGGUGUGUCUCCACAAAUGACACCCCCGUCUCUGUUCACGGACCCGCCGCCCGAGGACCCGGACGACUGGUCGAAGAGCAUGGUGAAGGAGCUGGAGGCGAUUUUGGCGGAGGUAUACCAUGGGCCGUGGACGUUGGACGCCAUUGGGCGAAUAUGGGUGGAACACAUCGUGACACCUGACUGGGCGAACUCGCUUGAUGCGUCCGGCCAGGUAACCAAGUCGCGCCAGCUCGUUGUGUUGGCGCUGCAGUGUGCUUCUAGAGAGGGUCCAAUUAACCUGCCGGAAGUGAUCAAGGAGUCGCAGGUGUACGUCUCGUACCGCAUACGCACGAAAAAGGUCGAAGACGACGAGGUGGUCCUUCGGAGAUUCAAGAGGUGUUUGAAAAUAAAUGAUAGACUCGGAGCGAUCAUGCGCAUAGAAGGAGAAGAUGAUGACAAGGAAAAAGAAGACACAGACGAAGACGAUGACGAGGAUGAAGAUGAAGAGGAGGACACGGGAAUAUCAGAGUCUGACGUGACCCUGGUGCCAGGCGAGCGACAAAGCACGUCUGCAAGUACCGAAGCGCCGGGAGAGGCCGGUCGUCGGUCCCCCACUGGAUCAUCAUUGGGGGCGACCCCCGGAACCCCAGCGGUGCGCAGCCCCACUCCCGCCUCUGAAAAUGAGGUCGUCACGACCCCGCCGACACCCCCGCCGCAGUCUCCUCCACCGCUGCACGACGAGUCCGAUGCCGAGGAUGAUGAGGACGACGACGACGAUGAUGACGACGACGACGACGACGACGACGACGACGACGAUGACGACGAUGACGACGAUGACGACGACGAAUUCUCUCCACCCAGACGCAUGUCGCGUAAGGUGCACAAGCCCAGCGUCAUCCCGACCACCGUUCUCAAGAUCGGCCCUCCUAGAGGAGUCAAACGGGCGGCAGCCUCGACGUCGACGUUGCAAUCCCGAGGGAGCAGCAACACUGCGUCCACGGAGGAAGACGACAGCGGUGUCGAGACGCGCCGCGGAAACAGCAGAACCACUCGCGGCAAGGUCGUGCGUACACCGAAGUCGUCACGCAUCAAGAGCACGCAGCGCCAGCGCAAGGCGACCUCGUCAGACGAAUACGAGGAGACCAACGACUCGGGGGAGGAGGAAGUGGAGGCGGACGAACUGCAGUAUGACGCGGAGGAGGGAGAAUUCACGCCGCCAACCACGUCGAAAGGCAAAGCGCGUGGAGGUGCCCGGAAUGCAGAGACGAAGGGGAAGCCCAAGGGCAAGGGCCAAGCGAAGGCACAGCUGAAGGCACAGGCGAAGGGGAAGGGGGGGCAGAGGGCGAAGCGGCCUCGCAUUGCCGAGUUUCGCUACAAGUUUGUUGGAGAUCACCGGUGCCAGAACUGCAGGGAUCUUGACACCAGAAUGCGGAAAAUCAACCCCAACGCACCGCCGACGGAGUGCAUCCUGACUGGAAAGCGCGAACGGUGCGACCGCUGCGCCGAAGCUCAUCGUGGGAGGUGCAGUCUUGCGGAAAUCGUGUUGGACGGCCGCGUCAAACUGGACGAGAACAAGGUCGCAACGCCGUGCGCCGAAAGUGACCCGCGGCUGAGGAUUGUGAGGAAGAAGAUGGCGCCGAUUGUGAUCGACGACGACAAGGUGCCCGAAGCACCUCGCGCAGAUGCGCCGACUGGGAUCGCGACAGCGCCCAUUGUGAUCGAGGACGACGACGUCCCAGAAGGCCCUCGUACCGACACGGCAGCGGAGAUGUCGGGUACCACGACCACGGCAAUGAACGUCGACAACCUCAACGUCCCUGUAAGCCCUCGUGCCGACGACCUGACAAAGACGGCGGGUGGAACGACUGCACCAACGGCUGCAAAGGACUGCAAUGUCCCUGCAAGCCCUCAGGCUCGCGCCGACACGCCGAUGGAGACGUCGGGCGUGAUGACCGCACUGACCAACACCGAGGGCGGAGAUGUACCUGAAGUGCCCCACUCCGUGUUUGCAGGGAAAAGGCGGGCUGAGUCGCCGCCACCCGAGGGUGGCCCUUCACGUCGGGUGCGCGCGCGGGCCGAAUCAGCGCGAGGCAGCGACGGUGAGGGUGCGCGCCCCCCACCUACCACGGGCAACUCAGGUGUCGUUGGCUGCAACGACCCGGCCCACAAGAACGUUGCCGAGCGGCCACAGGUGCAUGCUGACGACGCCCGUCUUCAGCUGAACAACCUUGUCGUCGGCAUCGAUCUCCUGAAUCGUGACGUCGAACGGCGGCGGCGGGAGCUCGCUGAAGGAUGUGAGGCCGCCCAACGCACAAUCACCCAGUGCAUGGAGGACAUGAAGCGCACCUUCGCAGAGCACGCUGCGAGGCUCGAACAGCAGACGAAGAGCGCGACGCAAGAGAUCAAAACUGCGAUGGACAAACUGCUGCUCAUGGAGCUCGGCGUGCACGUAGCAGAAACCCCCGACGUCAGCAAGAGCGCUCCCGAGCCCGACAUCGCCAAGGCGCGCACCAGUGCCAUGUCGCCCGACAACGGCGACGGCAACACCAGGUUCAACACCGGGCGCGACGACGUGGACUGUGGUAAAACACCAGCGUCGAUGAGGCGCCACGGGCGUUGA